GAAAGAGAAUGUAGAUAUAUAUAUAUAUAUGUAAUAGACAUUCAAACAUGUUCAAUGUUCCAUUGUUUCUAAUACUAAACACAAUACAUAAAUCAUUAUUGUUUCUUUUCUUUUCAAUAAACAACAUGUUUGUCGAGAUGGAUAGAUACAUAUUGAUUAGAAUAUGAAGAUUUAUUGUUAUAUAUAUCAAUAAUUUAAAACUGGAAAUAGAUCAUUAUCAACUUUACUACUAAUAUUCAUACUACUAAUAACAACUAAUGACAAGUAGUGUAUUCAUUACAAUCAUCAUUUUGUUUUCAGCAAUUAUUCUCAAAUAUUCAACACUCAUAAAUCAAUGAUAUUUCUAGAAGGAAAAAAGAAAAAAAGGCAUUCAACUCAUACAAACGAAUGAAUGAAUGAAUGACUUAGUGUGCUGAAUGUAUUUAUCCUAUUCAUUGUAUAUAUAAUAUACAUAUUUCAUCAUAAUUAAAUGUUCUAAACGAUUAGAGAAUAUCAUUGAACAUAUUCAGAGAGUAUGGAUAUGUGAAUGUGUGUGUGUGUGUAUGGGGGGGCAUUUAUGUAUAAAUUGUAGUGAAGAACAACUGUUUCUUAUUGUAUUCAAUUGUGAACAUCUUAGCUAUUGGAUAAAUACUUUUUUCUUUUUUUUUUAAAAAAAAAGAGAUUUCUUUACGUGGAUAGACAUUUCAUACAUAGUAGAAUAGAUCAGUUGCAUUAGUAACGAUAACAACGACAACAAGAACAAGAACAACAACAACUCAUGGAUCUGUUACCAACCAUUUAUACCCAUAGAUUAAUGUAUAGAAAUAAUAAUCAUCAUCAUCCUCAUAAAAACACUAUUGAAGAUUCAAAUCAGAAUGAUGAAGAGAAUGGAUUAUUAAAAAAAUAUCAUUCUAUUGAAUAUGAUGAAUUGCCUCAACAUCUUCAUCAUCAACUUCAUCAUCUUCAUCAUCAUCAUCAUCAACAUCAUGAACAUCAAUAUCCACAUCAGAUAAUUCAUUCACAACCACAAUUAUUUCGUCAAUUAUCCGCUAUACCUAAUCCAAUUUAUCAUUAUUUACAUUUAUUUUAUAUAAAUCGGGUUGAAACAAGACGUAAUACAAUAGCAAAUACAUUACAUGAAAUUGUACAAAUAGCUCAAGAGAUUUUACAUGAAGUUGAAUUACAAGAACCACGUUUUGUUAGUACAUUAAAAGUGAUUCAUACAAAUAAUAUAGAAAAGAAACAAGAUGAUAAUGAUGAUGAUGAGAAUAAUAAUACUUCACCGGAUACUACUUCGAAUGUAAUCAAUAGUCUGAAUACAACGAAUACUACUACUACUAUUAGUAGUAGUACUACUAGUGUUACAACGAAUCCCAUGAAUAGUAGUAAUAGUAAUAAUAAUUCACAAAAUGGAGUUUAUUAUGAUGGUUUACGUGUUCUAUCAUCAAAUCAUUUUGAGAUAACACUUUAUUUAAAUCAAAUGGGUGUAUUUAAUUUUAUGGAUGAUGGUAGUAUACCUGGUGGUGCUGUCUUAAAAUUAUCCGAUGGUCGUAAACGUUCAAUGUCAUUAUGGGUUGAAUUUAUUACAGCAUCAGGAUAUUUAUCAGCUAGAAAAAUACGUGCAAGAUUUCAUAGUUUAAUUGGACAAGCAAUACAAAAAUCAGCCUAUCGUCAUAUUGUACGUAUGUUAGGGCAUACAACUGAAGUGAAAUUAUGUAUACAUGAUAAGUAUAUAUUACAAAUUACUCCAGCAUUUCGUUGUAAUGGUUUAUGGCCUAGAUCAGCUAGUCAUUGGCCUAUAACUAGUCAUAAUCCUAUUCAUAAUGAAUUGAAUAUAGAAUUAACAAAUACUACUACUCCUCCUUCUAAUAGAAUUAAAUGGCCAUCGAAUCAAUUAAUUAAUGAAGUGAAAUAUGAAGGAUUUUGUUUAUUAAGUCAAGAAUCCGUAUAUACAAAAGAUAAACAAGCAUCCGCUGAAGGAGAUGCAUGGUUAUUAGAUUUUUAUCAUGCUGAAGAACGUUUAUUAUUAAAUCAUACAAUACGUAGACAAUGUUUUAGUAUAUUAAAAACAUUAGCUGAUCGACAUUUAACUGGUGUUAAUAAUAAGGAGAUUAAUUUUAAACAUCCUAAAUCAACUUCAUCAACCGCAUCAACUGCAUCCACAUCGUCGUCACCAAUGAACAUGAUGAAUUCAGUCAUUCAAGAAUAUGAUAUUAAAACACUUGUUUUACAUGAAUGUGAAAAACAUCCAAAUGAUGAUGAUUGGACACAAUAUACAUUAGGGGAUCGUAUUAAUAGUAUAUUAUUACAAUUAAUAUCAUGUUUACAACAUCGUCGAUGUCCACAUUAUUUUUUACCAAAUUUAGAUAUAUUUCGAGGAUAUUCUACAUUAGGAAUGGAUAUUACAGCAAAACAAGCAUGGAGAUUAUUAAGAGAAUUAUUAACAUGUCCACAAGCACUUGAAUAUCUUUAAUUUAAAAAAAAAUUGGAUGGGGUUGGGGGAGGAAGAAAGUAAUAGAAUCAAUAUUCAACAAUUUAUCCAAUGUCCAAUAUAUAUAUAUAUCAUAUGGGAACAUAUAAUACAAGAAAAUUUGAUAACAAUUUUGUGUAAAGUGAAUAAUCUCUUUAUCUCUUUUCAUGUUACCUACUUACUUAUUUAGGUCUGUUAAUCCCAAUGGAGUAAUAGGCCGCCGACCAGCAUUCUCCAACCCACUCUGUCCUGGGCCUUCCUUUAUAGUUCUAUCCAAUUGUUGUUCAUUUUUCUCAUGUCUAUCUCCAUUUCCCGGCGUAACGUGUUCUUUAGUCUUCCUCUUUUCCUUGUGUCUUAAGGAUUCCAAGUGAGGGCGUUUCUUGUGAUGCAGUUUGGUGCUUUCCUCAAUGUGUGUCCUAUACACUUCCAGCACUUCUUCCUGAUUUUUUCCUCAGCUGGAAUCUGGUUUGUUCUCUCCCAUAGUAGGUUGCUGCUGAUAGUAUCUGGCCAACGGAUCCAAAGUAUUUUUUUGCGUAGACGAUUGUUAAUAAACAUUUGUAUUUUCUAGAUGAUGGUUUUCGUAGUUUUCCGAGUUUCCGUCUCAUACAGUAGAAUCUUUUCAUGUACACAUACACAUACACUUUAACACUAAUCAUAUUUUAAUGUGUAACCUUGAAUAGUCAUUUAUAAUAAUGAUGAAAAUGUUUGUUUAAAUUGUAUACUUUUGAUCGAAAAAUCUUGUUGUAUUUUUUGAACAAAUAUGAGAAUUGUCUGUAU